UUCUUUAACACUCACUUAGCAUUUGUUGGCAAACAGGGAAAAUCAGUGGCAUUCUCCCAAGGAUAGGUAAGCUGCCAUUAUUUUUAUUCUCAUUAUUUUUAUUGUUGUUAUUAUUGUUAUUAUUAUUAGCUAUUAAAUAAAAAUACUUUCUGUUUUCAACCGGGCUGGCCCUGCUAUUGGGCGAGCCAGGUCACAUGACCAGGAUUGGCUGCAAUUUAUCCCUGCUCGUCAGUUUAAUAGAGCAAGGUCCCCAUACGCCUGUAUUAUCAGCAAUAUAAGAUUUUUUAAAAUUAAAAAAAGGGGGAGGGAGGGGGAGGAGACUGCAAAUAAUACUAAUACUAAAGCGAUAUAAAAUAUUGGAAGGGCCUUUAAGAUCAACCGUUCCUUCCCCUCCCAUCCACCCGCGUUCCCCCCCCUCUUUCCCCCUCCCUUUUUUUGCACUGGGCCCCUGGAAAAAGCCAUGAAUUUUGAAUUUGAGAGGGAGAUAGGCUUCAUAAACAGCCAGCCAUCGCUAGCGGAGUGUCUGACGUCCCUUCCCGCUGUCCUGGAGACAUUUCAAACUUCAUCAAUCAAGGAACCACCGACGUUAAUUCCUCCUCCUUUAGAACAAGCCCUCCUCGGCUUGGAUCCUUCAUCCAGCAACCAGCCUACGCCAAGGAGCCAAAAGAGACCAAGACAUGGGCAGGCCCAGAGACCCGCGCUCCAGCCUCCUUCCCUGGCAGGAGAAUUCCCCUGGAUGAAGGAGAAGAAAUCCUUCAAGAAAGCCAGCCAGGUCCCUGCUGCUGCUGCUGCUGCUGCUGCUUCUCCUUCCUCCUCCUCCUCCUCUUUGCCCGGAUCUGCCGCGGGUUCUCCUGCAGGUCUGUAUACGACGAAGGGGGGAAAUUGGGGUGUCGGGGGGGGGACUGACGGAGUUGACUGAACAGGACAAAAAUCCUACUAUCUAAAAUGUGCUCUUUGCUGGGAAACAGAGGCAAUGCUCUUCUCGCCUCCCUUAAUCCUAAACCAACUCCAAGCAGAAGAAAUGAUUGAAAUAGCAGGGAGAAUCAUUCUCUCUCUCUUUCUCUUUCUCUCUAUUUCUUUCUUAUCCUCUUCUAGCAAAUUUCUAGAACAAGUUAAAAUAAAAAUCCACACAGCUUCUCCGAACUGGUAUUCAUUUCUGGCCCUCUGGGCGCCUUGUUUAUGCUCUGGCUUCCAGUGGAAAACGGUGGACAAUACAGAAUAUAAUUCGCUUUGGGGGGGGGAGGGGGUAUAUUUUAUAUAAGCUGUUUUUAUGUCAAGAGUAGAAGAAAUAUGGUUGGAAAGAAGACAUCAGAGGAAAGGAGCGAGGAAUAUAGUCCUUUUUAAACCACCCCUAUUCCAUAGAUUGGUAAUUUGCAGGGCACCCUGUCAAUUUACCCUGCAGAUGCGAGAGUCUUCCAUUUCAACAUUUCUGUCCCACCAACUCGGUUAAGUCCCGUAGGAUCUCAAGAGGUGCAAUUGCGUAAAUUGUAAAUUCUGGACUACAUGGUCUAAUAGUUGGGGUAGAUGGCACGCCUUCACUUCAAAAUGUGAUAAGCCUCCUUCUGCUGAGCGGGGGGCCUGGACCUCUGCUUUACAAGCCAUGCCCUGACAGCAUCGCGGUGGGGUCAACCUAGCUAGCCACCAAGCUUAGGAGGAAAGGAGCUCAUUCCUUUCCUUCAGGGUCCUCACCCUCCCACGCCCCACCUGCAUACAUCCUGGAUUUGUGGUUGGGAUGGACAUCCUUGGGACUCCAUUGGGAGAGAAGCAACGAGGUUGUGGGGAGGGGGACACGGUAUUAGCUCCUUGGGUCCCCUGUUUUCCGGGCUGUGUGGAUAAAGAAAGAUCCCAUCGGUUCUUUCGCACUCUCUCGUCCCCUUGUGUGUUCCCUUUCCUAUAUUCCCCGCUAAGAAGGCUUUGCCAUCCCAUUAUGAAAGGUCCCCUUCCUAGGCAAGAAGGUAGAUUGGGAAGACGGAAGGCAGGAAACUGACGUCGUCUCUUGCAAUCGAUGGAGGAGAGGCUUGAAGAUGUCUUAGGGAGACUUGGUCUUCCACAAGCGUGUCUUGAAUACUGAUUUCUCCAUCCCAGAGUGAGCGUGCGGGGAAUUCUUCCCAUUGAGUCUCGCUCCAAAAAUGCACCAUCCCUCCCCCCCUCCCCCUGCCCUGCCCCCGCACUCUGUUCUUUUCAGGACCUUAAGGAAGUUUCCCAGCGCUGGUUUCCACUGUUACUUAUGUGUAAGGGGUGUGUGUGUGUGUAAGACUUUUGACUGAGAUGCAUACAACUUUGUAAAAUUUCCCUAUAAUUUCCAAGUGGUUCCCACGCACGCCCUUGUCUCAAUUAAAAAAAAAAAGCGCACGUGGGCAGACCCCACUUAGGAGGAACGCUUCUUCACCCAGCUAUUAUUUUUAAUGGCUUUAUUUCGUCUCGUUUUCAUUUUUAAAACUGUCUUCUUCUUCUUUCUGCGUCCAAGACGUCCAGGGUUUGUUAGACAACAGCGGCAGCGGCUCUCGACGGCUGAGGACGGCUUACACCAACACGCAGCUGCUGGAGCUGGAGAAGGAGUUCCAUUUCAACAAAUACCUCUGCAGACCCCGCCGGGUGGAGAUCGCGGCUUUGCUGGACCUGACGGAAAGACAAGUGAAGGUCUGGUUCCAAAACCGACGGAUGAAGCAUAAGCGACAAACGCAGCAUAAGGAAAUCCCCGAGGGGGACGCCAGCUUGGAUCAAGGCAGCGAAGAGGUGGAGGAGGAGGAAGAGGAGGAGGGCAGCUCUCCAUUUGGAGACGUCCUGGAGAUCCCUUGUCCUUACCCUGCCCGCAGCAGCAGAGAGCCGCCGAGGCCCCCCGCUGGCUACCUGACGCCCGCCGAGGAGAGCGCCCCCAACGCAGAGCCAAAUGGGACAGCUGGCGCCCGCUCUUCCUCCUCUUCCUCUUCCUCCCUGGACAAUGCCUUCCUGGAAAGCCAGAAGUCUCCUUUGUUGCCACCAGACCUGAAUAUUUUCUCUGUGGAUUCCUGCCCACAGACCUCAGAAGGGCUUUCUCCCAGCUUCCAGGGGUUCUUAGACAGCCCUGUCAGCUUCUCCGUCGAAGAUCUGGACUUUUUUACAAGCACACUUUGUACUCUCGAUCUGCCACAUUUGAAUUUCCAGUAAACACCCUCCGACAUUCCUUAUCUGCCUUGGGUUAUAUGCCCCUAUAAAUAUACACAGGCAUGCACACACCAACAGCUCCCCAUGCCAUGGAAACCGAAAGUACGUUCCCCCACCCCACGCCUGAUCACAGCCCCCCCCCCCCAUUGAAAAAGCAUUUAUUUCGAAAGAGGUUUGUGAGUCUCUAGUGGACCCGAACCUAAGAAAUAUUUAUGCCACUUUCUUUUAAAGGAAUCUAUGUUCUGACUGAAUUCAGGUAUUUCUAUCUCGUAUAUAUAUUUUUAUUCGGACAAGAAUAAAGGGGUGCCACGCUUAAGGAGAUAUUUAUCAAAGGAGAAAAAUGAAGUCUGGCCUUUUAAAUAUCUUUAGAAGCUCCCUUCACCCUUUCCCAGAAAGCUUGCGUUAGAAAUCCUCGACUCAAGAAGAAAAUGUCUGUCCAUUUUUCUUAAAAAAGUGAACUUCUCAGGAAACAAAGCAAGACGUUUAGAUUUAUUAAUUUAAAGAACAAAUAGGAAGAAGGAAAAAAUUAAAAAAGAACAAGAGCGAUGGAGGUUUUGUCCCUUCUUUUUAUGUUUUAGAGGUAGAUUAUUUAUUCAAAUGCUU